UUUUUAUUUUCGGGUACACACUAUCCAUAACUCCUAAUCAAAUACAUCGAGGCUGAAUGGCUUUCUGAUUAAGGCAGGAACAGGCCACGACAUUUAAAACCCUAUUUGCGUUGGUCAAUUUCUAUCCACUACUCACAAAAUUGAGAUAUCAGAUAUGCAUGCUCCACUAUAAUUCUCCAAAAGUACCAACCCUAAAACUAAUAUUUCCUAUAUAUCUUUAAGCACAGAUGGAGGCCCACCCCCUCCUCCAAUCUCUCAUUGCCACCACCUCCACCUCCACCACAUACGGUGUUCGUGCACUUUCCUCCCCGCCACCAAAAGUGGAUUCUCACGUCAUAAGCAAUGUUUCCGGCAUUCUUUUUCGUUUAACUUUGAUAACAUUCAUAGGAUUUAUGGCUAUUUGGGCAAACCACGAGGCGUCCAAAGGCUUCUCCAUAACAAUUGUCAAUGAUGCAGGUAAGUACUCAUUGCCUGGAAAACACUUUUCGCUCUUCUACCAAGCAAACGAUAAAGCGACAAGAAUUGUCCUCAACACAAGCAGAUUUGUAGAAAAUCUCCUCUACCCUAAUAAAGACUUCCUACAUAUGAGGAAACAAAUCGAUGGUGUCACUCUUAGACUUGCCCCCACAGUUUUUCCGGGUACUGUGGCAGUUGAUUCACGAAAACCCUACGAAUAUAUAAUCAGUUUGAGUCCCUUGAUAAUGGAAACUUCGAACAACAAUGAAGAAGCCAUUGUAUUGGCGGUGCUACAAGGCAUGGCACGUGUAUGGCUGUGGGAUGGCAAUGGGGCAACUCCACCGGUGCUUUUGAACGGCAUGGUUGAAUAUAUAAGCAGUUUAGCAGGCUUCACACUGGCAGAAGCAUGGACGUCCGGUGGAGAUGCUACAAGAUUGCCGGAAAAGAAUGUUGUUUGCUGGACAGAUGAGCAGCCAAGAAUGGUGGCAUGGUUUUUGAGAUAUUGUGAUCAAAGAAAACAACCAGGUGGUGGUGGUGGUGGUGGCGGCGAGGUCAUCCGGAGGUUGAACCAAAAGAUGAGAACCGGAUGGCAUGAUUGGAUGAUGGAUGAAGCCUUAGGCAUGGCAGGUCAGCAUGCAUGUGCAUCUUACGACAUUCUGAUAAGGCAUCACAAUCUAUUAAGUUCAAUGUGAUUAUGUCGGGUCUACACUAUAUAAUUGGGUGUAGAUGUAAUUAUGAUGGAUCCAUGUCAUUAUUGUUGCUUUUUGCUCAAAUAUUUUUUAAUUACGAGUUGCAACUUGCAACAUUAUUAUUUGUACAAUGAAACAUAUGUCUUACCAAAUACGUGUCAAUAUUGUCUCGAUGCUUAAAUGAGUUCGAUUAUUUAAUAAUUUUAUAUUUCAA